GGACAUGUGUGAGCAGUUUAUGGAUGUCAAUGAUAUGAUUAGAGAUGAAGAUCUUAUUGUGCAUAAAGUGCAUCCCCAUGGAAAUGGGUUAGACCAUAGAUUUUAUGCAACCUCGUCUGCACGUAACAUUCAACAAUAUGUUUCAAGCAUGGUGCCUAGUGUUGUGUCUAAAAGGCCAAGUGCAAGAGAAUUGAAUCUCCUCAAGCGAAAAGCAAAAAUAAAUUCAAAAGAUCUAACUAAAGGUUGGACUGAGGAUGGAGAUACGGAGAUGUCAUCUGCACAGAGUACAACUCCCAAGGGCCAUAGCUCAGAUUCUUUAAAUUUCAAUAAGGUUGAUGUUAUGGAUGACGAGAGCUUUGAACAUGAUGGAGAUGGCCGAUGGCCUUUCCAUAGCUUUGUUGAGCAACUCAUCCUUGAUAUGUUUGACCCUGUGUGGGAGAUUCGACAUGGUAGUGUCAUGGCUUUGAGGGAAAUUCUAACCCAUCAUGGUGCAUCUGCUGGGGUGUUUAUGCCUGACUUGAGUUCAGAUGGUGCACUAUAUGUCGAAUUGAAACACGAAGAUCAUUCAAGUUCAAUAAAGAGAGAAAGAGAAAUUGAUUUGAAUAUGCAAGUUGGGGCAGAUGAAUCAGAGCCAAAUCUCAAGAGGCUGAAGUUAGAACCAGUGUCUUGUUCAUUGAAAGAUAACAUGGCUUUUGAUGUCAAGCAAGAUGACUCUGAUGUCAGCAUAAAGAGGGAACAUUGUGGGCAUGAUUUACCUGCAGGGCAGCUCAAUGGUCAACUUGACAUUAAUUCUGUCAAGGGAGAACCUGAGUCUUGUAUUGAUGGUGUAUUGCGUCCGCCUGAAGAAGCUAUUCACUUUACAGAACCCAAGAGUUGUCAUGAAGAUAAGGGCCCCUCUAUUCCUGAUUUACUAAGAAAUCUUCCUGAAAAUUGUGAGCUGAUGAACUUGAUUAAAGUGGCUAGGCAUUCUUGGCUUAGGAACUGUGAAUUUCUUCAACACUGUGCAAUUCGGUUCUUGUGUGUGUUAUCUCUAGACCGUUUCGGGGAUUACGUUUCUGAUCAAGUUGUUGCUCCAGUAAGGGAAACUUGUGCUCAAGCACUUGGUGCUGCUCUUAAAUACAUGGGUCCUUCGCUAGUUCAUGAAACAUUAAAUAUCUUGCUUCAAAUGCAGCGUAGACCAGAGUGGGAAAUUCGCCAUGGAAGUCUUUUGGGUAUUAAGUAUCUAGUUGCAGUUAGACAGGAGAUGCUGCAUGAUUUGCUAAGCUGCAUUCUCCCUGCAUGUAAAGCUGGGUUGGAGGACCCUGAUGAUGAUGUACGGGCAGUUGCUGCGGAUGCCUUGAUACCUGCUGCAGCCUCCAUUGUCGCUUUAAAGGGUCAAACAUUACAUUCCAUCAUCAUGCUGCUCUGGGAUAUUUUACUUGAUUUGGAUGAUCUAAGUCCAUCCACUAGCAGUGUUAUGAAUCUGUUGGCAGAAAUCUAUUCACAGGAAGAGAUGAUUCCUAAAUCAACAGAGAAACAGAAUUUUGAUCUAAAUGAAGUGGUUCAUGUUGAUGAUAGUGGAGAAGGAAAAGAUCUGCAGGAAAGUCCUUAUAUGUUAUCUAUGUUGGCACCACGAUUAUGGCCUUUUAUGAGGCAUAGUAUAACAUCAGUCAGACAUUCAGCUAUUCGCACCUUGGAACGACUUCUCGAAGCUGGAUACAAAAAGAAUACUUCUGAGCCCUCUGAUGGUUCCUUUUGGCCAUCAUUUAUUUUGGGUGAUACCUUUAGAAUUGUCUUUCAGAACCUGCUACUUGAAUCAAAUGAAGAAAUUUUGAGGUGUUCUGAGAGGGUAUGGAGGCUGCUGGUUCAGUGCCCGGUUGAGGACUUGGAAGAAGCUGCAAGGUCAUUUAUGUCUUCAUGGAUAGAACUUGCAACUACUCCUUAUGGCUCAGCAUUAGAUGCUACAAAAAUGUUUUGGCCUGUAGCUCCUCCUCGAAAAAGUCAUUUUAGAGCAGCGGCUAAAAUGAAAGCUGUGAAGCUCGAAAAUGAGUCCUGUGGAAAUGUGGUUUUUGAUGCUGUGAAAGCUACUGUCCCAGAGGAAAGAAAUGGUGAUGCUUCCACCAAUUCAGUUAAGAUAAUUGUUGGUUCCGAUGUGGAAAUGUCGGUAACUAAUACUCGAGUUGUUACGGCAUUGGCUUUGGGAAUCUUUGCCUCUAGGUUGCGUGAAGGUUCUGUGCAAUUUAUAGUAGAUCCAUUGUGGACAGCCCUUGCAUCUUUAUCGGGGGUCCAGCGUCAGGUGGCAUCUAUGGUUCUCAUCUCUUGGUUCAAGGAGAUUAAAAACAGAGGCCUAACUGACAACCAAGGAUUUAUACCCAUUGUCCCUGAUCAUCUCAAAAAAUGGUUGCUGGAUUUAUUAGCAUGUUCUGAUCCAGCAUUCCCUACAAAAGAUAUGCUUCUUCCUUAUGCUGAGCUUUCAAGAACGUAUACUAAAAUGCACAAUGAGGCUAGUCAGUUGUUACGUGCUGUUGAGUCAUCUGGUUUUGCAAAUGCGUCGGCAACAACUAAAAUUGACUUGGAAAACCUGAGUGCAGAUGAUGCUAUCAGUUUUGCAUCUAAACUGUCACCGCUGAGUAAUGAUGCUGUUGAGAAUGAAUCAACGAGAAGGCAUGUCGUUGAAGAUAUUGAAUCGUGCAAACAACGGGUUUUAACAACUUCAGGCUAUUUAAAAUGUGUUCAGAAUAAUUUGCAUGUUACAGUGUCCUCAUUAGUUGCCGCUGCUGUGGUCUGGAUGUCAGAGCUUCCUGCACGACUUAAUCCAAUUAUUUUGCCUUUGAUGGCUUCAAUUAAGAGAGAGCAGGAAGAAAUACUACAACAGAAGACUGCUGAUGCACUUGCGGAGCUUAUUUCUCAUUGUAUUACUCGCAAGCCCGGCCCAAAUGAUAAGUUAAUUAAGAAUAUUUGUAGCUUGACUUGCAUGGAUCCUUCUGAGACACCUCAAGCCAGAGUCAUCAGUUCUCUGGAGGUUAUUGAUGAUCAGGAUUUCCUCACCUUUGGGAGCACUGCAGGGAAACAAAAGUCAAAGGUUCCCAUGCUAGCUGGUGGUGAAGACCGGUCAAGGAUUGAGGGCUUUAUAAGUAGAAGAGGGUCUGAGCUUGCAUUAAAGCAUUUGUGUGAGAAGUUUGGUGCUUUUUUAUUUGACAAGCUUCCCAAACUGUGGGAUUGCCUUACUGAGGUUCUUGUGCCUGGUAGAAAUCUUUUUAGAAACUAUAAGAAUUAUAAAGGUCGGAGUGAUGACAAGUAA